AUGUCACCCAACGAUGUUCAUGUUAACGAUGUUCAUGUUAACAAUAACGAUGUCGAUAACAACGCCGAUAUCAACGUCGAUAUCAAUCACUCAUUCUCCUUCAGCGACGAUUCCAACCUCAAUUCUGCUCAAUCUUCCCAGGACUCGCUCCCUGAACCCAAGGUGGAAUCAAACUACAGAACCUCUGCCAACUACACCCUACUUGUCAACAAUUUAACCCCUGAUCGUCCCUCUUCUUCUUUCACCUGGAAGAACUUCACCGAUUUAUCUGAUCCCUCAAAGGCUUUCAAAUCUCCCUUAUCAGUUAUCGCACACAUCGACGUCAACGCUUUUUUUUCCCAGGUCGAACAGAUCAAACAUGGCUUCACACAAGAUGAUCCGGUUGUCUGUGUCCAGUGGCAUUCCUUAAUUGCUGUCUCUUAUUCUGCCAAAAGCUAUGGAGUCUCCAGAGGCGACACUCUCCAACAGGCCUUGCUUAAAUGUCCCAACUUGGUGCCUAUUCACACUGCUGUCUUUAAAAAAGGCCACAACUUUUGGACUUCCGUAAACUCAACUAAUCCCAAAGACUUUCCCAAUCCGGCCUUUUAUAAAGUUUCUCUAGAUCCAUAUCGAAGAGAAAGUCGAAAACUAUUAAAGAUUUUCAAAAACUUUUGUGAUCAAGUCGAAAAAGCUAGUAUAGAUGAGUGUUUUCUUGAUUUAUCUCAAUUGAUUUAUCAAAAAAUUAUCACUCUAUUUCCUCAAUUAAUUCCAACAAACUUUCUUAAUAAUCAUAACAAUACUAAUGAAUAUUUACCUAAAAUUCCUGAUUCUUUACCAGACUAUUUUUAUCAAUUUAAUGGUGAAAUCAUUCAAUCUUUUGAUGAAAUAAAUUAUGAUAAUAACAAUAACAAUAACAAUAAUAAUAAUAAUAAUAAUAAUAAUAAAACAAUAUUUAUCAAUGAUUGGGAUGACAUCUUCUUCCUAAUCGCAUCAAUACUAACUCAACAACUAAGAAACCAAAUCCAGUCCUAUCUAGGCUACACUACCUCUUGUGGCAUCGCAAAGGUCAAAUCAAUAGCAAAACUAGCCUCGGACUUUAAAAAACCAAACAACCAAUCAAUCAUCAGAAACUCGGCAAUUAAUCACUUCCUCACAAACUUCUCCAUAAGAGACUUUAGAGGCUUUGGUGGCAAGUCCGGCGACUUUAUCGCUCUCAAACUAAAAAUUCCAAACACAACCUCAAAAUCAAUCUCCUUCAUUAGAGACAACUUCUCUUUGCCCCAAUUAAAUGCCCUACUAGACAAUGACUCAAACCUAGCCUUCACCCUCUACAACAUCAUCAGAGGUAACCACAAACUCCCUGUAACCCCCAAAAUAGACUUGAAGUCAAUGUGCUCAAGAAAAAACUUUCGUAAAGGUAGCAUCAAAGACUCCAAUGAUGCUGAUGAAUGGUUCAAAGUUUUUUGCGGUGAUCUAGUUCAAAGAAUCGAAGAACUAAACGAAGAACAGUUCCUAUCAUCAUCAUCAUCAUCAUCAUCAUCUCAACAA